AUGGCCAGCGAAGGCCUCCCUAAGGAUCAGGAUCUCUCCGACCCCGAGACGCAGUAUAUUUUAGAGGGCAAUGCCAGAUUUCGUCGGCUGGGAUGGAAACGCCUCACAAUUAUUUCCAUAGUGGAGGCAAUUGCCCUAGGAAGCUUAGGUCUUCCCUCUGCGUUUUCCACAUUGGGCAUGGUUGCUGGUGUUAUCCUGACCGUUGGUAUCGGUCUGGUCGCGAUGUAUGCGGGUUAUAAGAUCGGUCAAGUUAAGCUGAAGUACCCUCAAGUAGGACACUAUGCGGACGUUGGUCAGCUCCUGCUGGGAAGCGUGGGAUCUAAGAUCUUUGUGGGUGCUUUUGUGGCCUUAUUGAUCUUUGUGAUUGGCUCGCACUGCUUGACAGGAGCAAUUGCUUUCCAGACUAUCACUGAAAGUGGCGUGUGUUCAGUUGUCUUCAGUGUGGUUUCCGCGGCAAUUCUGAUGAUUCUCGCCAUUCCUCCGUCCUUUGCCGAAAUUGCAAUCCUCGGCUAUAUCGACUUUGCUUCCAUAAUCUUAGCGAUUGGGAUCACUGUGAUUGCAACCGGCAUUCAAAGCUCCCAUGAUACUGGCACUUUCUCUAUUGGUAGUGCGCCUUGGUCUGCAUGGCCAAUAACCGGGAUCUCAUUUUCGCAGGCAAUUGUGGCCACCAACAAUAUCGUUUUCGCAUAUUCCUUCGCUGGCUGCUUGCCGUCUUUCAUGGAGGAUAUGCAUACACCUGAUGACUAUGUGAAAACGCUUUGGUGGCUGGGAGGAAUCCAGAUCGUCAUAUAUACUCUGACCGGAUCGCUGAUCUACGCUUUUGUGGGGCAGGGGGUGCAAUCCCCUGCAUUGCUGUCGGCUGGACCCGUGAUCUCAAGAGUGGUUUUUGGAAUAGCCCUCCCGGUCAUAUUUAUCUCGGGUUCGAUCAACACAACAGUCGUGUGUCGAUACAUCCAUGGCAAAGUCUACCAUGACUCUGCCGCCCGUUUUAUCAAUACCCGAAAGGGCUGGAUGACUUGGUUGGGUCUUAUAUCGCUUGUGACAGUGUUAGCCUGGGUGAUCGCCGAGGCCAUUCCCAUUUUCUCGGAGCUACUGUCGAUCAUCUCAGCACUUUUUGUGUCCGGUCUAUCUUUCUACAUUCCUCCACUCAUGUGGUUUGUGCGUCUGAGAGAAGGAGCAUGGUAUGAGAAGCACAAUCUGCAACCCGCGAUCUGUAAUCUGGUUGUCUUCAUAGUGGGCAUGGUUGUCUUUGGCUGCGGUACUUAUUCCAGCAUCAAAGAACUUGUUACAAAAUUUCAAUCGGGGGCCAUUAGCAAGCCGUUCACCUGCUAG